UUGGUAUCAGUUUGAUUGGAUUGCUUCUCACAAAUCUCCAAAACAGAAUAAGGUUUAACUAUAAAAAUUGUAUUUACUCUUACUUUUAGUCUAGGAAGCUACUAUUCCAUCUCAACAGAACUUGAAGACUCGUAUCAAAAUGUAUUGCGGAGAUUAUACACAAGGAACAAUUCUCCCUGCUCCAAAUUUUAACCCUAUAAUGGAUGCCCAGUUGCUAGGAGGAGCCCUACAGGGAAUUAGUUGUGAAAAAGAUGUGUUGAUUGAAAUCCUAACUCAGCGUUGCAACUCGCAGCGGCUCAUGAUUGCCGAGGCGUACAGAGACAUGUACAGCAGGGAUCUGAUAACAGACAUAAAAGAGAAUCUCUCUCAUCACUUUAAAGAAGUUAUGGUUGGCUUGAUGUAUCCACCUGCCUCCUAUGAUGCCCACGAGCUUUGGCAUGCCUUGAAGGGUGUAGACACAGAAGAAAAAUGUCUAAUUGACAUAUUAGCCUCAAGAUCAAAUAUGGAGAUCUUCCAGAUGAAAGAAGCCUACCUAAUGCAAUAUAAUACUGAUCUUCAACAAGAUAUUGAUUCUGAGACUUCAGGUCACUUCAGAGAUACACUCAUGAACCUUGCUCAGGGAACAAGGAUGGAAGGAUAUGCAGACCCUUCUACAGCUGCUCAGGAUGCAAUGAUUCUAUGGGAAGCAUGUCAGCAGAAGACUGGUGAACACAAAAACAUGCUGCAAAUGAUUCUCUGCAACAGGAGUCACCAGCAGCUGUGGAUGGUUUUCCAGGAGUUCCAAAAUAUCUCUGGGCAAGACAUAGUAGAUGCCAUUAAUGAAUGUUAUGAUGGAUACUUUCAAGAAUUACUGGUUGCAAUAGUUCUCUGCAUUCGUGACAAGCCCUCCUACUUUGCUUACAGGCUUUAUAAUGCAAUUCACGACUUUGGGUUUCACAAUAAAACAGUUAUUAGGAUCCUCAUUGCCAGGAGUGAGAUAGACUUGAUGAACAUACGUCAGCGAUACAAAGAGAGAUAUGGGAAAUCACUCUUCCAUGACAUUAAGCAUUUUGCUUCAGGGCAUUACGAGAGUGCUUUACUUGCUAUCUGUGCUGGUGAUACAGAAGAUUAUUAAGAAGAUGAACUCUGAAGGCUGUGCAAACCUAUUUUAAAUAGAAAUUGAAGCUAUAUGCAAUGCACUAACUGUAAGAGAUCCCUACUUCACAUAAUAAAACAGCAAAAUCUGUGUGUGCUGCACUUUUGCUAAUAUUAAAUCUUUCUUGAGACAGGAAAAACUGUUGGCAGGAACAUGGUGUUUCCCUAGUUCUAAUUAAUAUUUCUGGUUUUAUGAGUAAUGUAAAUUAAUGGAGCAAGUGGUAAAACUACUCCAUAUAAGCACUUCUUUAUAAUUUAGUGUCAGAACAUCCUAAAUAUUUAUCAACAGGCUCUGGAAGAAUUUAUUCACUUUCACACUGGAGAGAAAAAAAUAUUUUGCUUUAUUUACAUUUAACAAGAGAAUUUCUUCCUUUAAGGAUUUUUUUUCCCUUCCCUUUCCCACUUCUUAUACCUCAUAUUUUAUGCUCUUGAACAUUAUUAUUUUAGUUACUACCAGAAUAAGCAUCUGCCCCCAUCUAUUAUCAGUCGCUCACCAGAGUGCUUUUGUAUUCUUUUACUUAGUUAGCUCACAUACUUAAUGGCCUUUCCCCCAUUCUGCUUGAAACUAAAGUAAAAAUUAGAAUCAAGUACUCCAUCCAUGUCAGUGCCAUGCGCUGGGAAACCUGGAAGAUGAAGCACUACUUAGCUUUAAGCAGAGAAGUUCCAGAGGAUUAAACUCUGAAUUCCACUUUAACCUAUCUCAUUUUAACCAUUAAUAUCGACGUCGGAGGCAUACUAUCUCAUGCUACAUAUGAGAGCACGGAGGCAUUAUCCAGGAUGCCCUGGGUGGUACAAUUAAAGAAUUGACUGCUAGUGGGUAAUAUUGCACCUCUGAGUGAGGCUGAAGGAUGCGGCGCUCCCUGGAACACCCGCGAACAGUCUGAAACAGCAGCUGGAGACAGCAGCUCCCACUGCAACAAGGAAAGCCAGCAGUGCCCAACCUCGACUCCUCGCAUCACGGAAAAACGUGACGCUGCUUUAAAUAUCCCGGCUCUGUUCAGGGCAGCCUAUCCGUGAGCCUUCCAGCCUCCGCAUAUGUGCCUGCUGUCAGCCUCUUACGGAAACACAAGUGAGGGAAAGUUCACUAAAAUAUCUGCCAGUGGCUUUUCUCCCGCCGCCACAAGGUGUCCAACUGGACACAGACCUUCGGGAUGUUUUUAGAGAGGUACUUGCUGCAGAUGCAGUCCGUGUGACUGAAUAAAGCAGUGCUACAGAAAGGCACAAAUAAAUACGUGGUUGCUUUUGUGCCGUUUGCACCUGUCGCUUCCCUCAGCCUCUGGAAAUAACACCUACAUAAUUACAGCGUAUCUGGCUUCUUUGCGAAUACCGACAUCGUGUUACAAAAAUACUGAUUUAUAAUAAAAUUUCUUUCA